AUUGCAUUCUGCAGAACAGGUCAUCCACAGUUAUGAGCAGUUUCCCAGGAAGGCCUAGUUCAACAACGUUUCUUUGUAACCAGGAGGAAGUUAAACCAGCCAACCAGGGAAAACUAGGAGACACUAAGUCAUCAGUACCAGAUGUUCCAUUCAUCAGGCAUCAUCCUCGGCCAUCUGCCGUUUGUACAUUUGGGUUGAGGCAACUAGGUAAUGGAAUGUUUCUGCUAGAUCGUCGGUGGGACCUCCAGAGGGCAGCAUUCAGGGCUGCUGUGUGUACAGAACGAAGUGGACACCCUCCACCAUUGAAGAAACUGUGUGUAGAGUCAAGGCUUCCUCCAGUUCCAGAACCUACUGACCCGAGUGAUCCUUACUAUUUUACCUGUCCUGAUGCUUCCUCUUCACCAUCACCAUCUGGCUUGUCAGUUAAUUCUACGAACAAUGCUUUUGUAACAACACUUUCAUUAACUUUCCCUCAUUCUGUUGCCUUUACAACAGUUGCCAAGACAACAUCUCCAAAAUUAUCAACAAGCAAUUCUACACACAGGCCAAUGAAAUCAAAGCUUGGUGUGAGUAAAGCUGUGAAAAUGAAGGAGAGUAAACCAACUCUUUUAGGAAGUAAUGCACACUCCACACUGGCUGGAAAUGCUGCCAAGAAGAAAGAACAUGGUGAAACAUUUUCUCGACUCAAUGUUCUAAAUAACAAAAAUGUGAGAAGUAUGGCAUUACCUACUGUACAUUCUUCUGUUGGUUCUGUAACAGUGAAUGCUGGAAGUACGUUUCCUUUGUCAUUUCCAUUUAGUUUGGGUGAAAACUUUGGUACUCUGUCCAGGAUACAAGCUGCAUCUCCUCCUACUAGUGGUAGAAACAGUUUCAUGGCAUCUUCAAGUGGCUUUACAAGCCAGUCAUCAAGUUUACACAGCACAGUCACAUCAUCUAGUGCUAGAAAAGAAGGGAGUAUAAUGGUCACAGGAGUAGACAUUAUCAAUGGUCAAAUUCCAGUUACCAAUGCACUUUUACACUCUGUUACAGUAGGUAGAUUUGCUGGUUCUGGUCCUAAAUUAUUAGCAACUCCUGGUGGUGGUCUUGGAAUAACAUUGGGGGGUGCAGGACUUAUUGGCCAACUUUCUCAAAUACAAAAUCUUCAUGAGACAUCAAUAUCAGACCAUUUGGGACUAGUGAAUAGUCAGUCUAUUGGAAGCCAGAAAAGGACAUCAUCUUCAGGUGGAAGUAGAGCCAUUAGUACCAACUCCUCUUCCAGUAGUGCCAAAUCUAGAACGAAAAAUAGAAAAUCUUCUCUGUGCAAGUCUGUAGCAAGUACUGCUACAUCUACUAACCACACAGCUGUCUCACAACCUAUGGGUGUGGGGUUGCUCAUCAAGGGUACAUCAGGGGGAGGAUUCUUUGCUACGCUAGGAGAACUUGGUAGCACAAGUGGCAACCAUGCAGUUUCUGUCACCUCCUCAGUUAACUCAAGACCAGAGUCCAGCUGCAGAGUUUCUGUCCACACAGCCUCGCUUCCUAAUGGACUUAGGCCUUGUCCUCCGAACAUCCUUCAGACGGCAGUUACUACAGUUGAUGUCUCGGGUUUAGUCAACCAUGCCAUCUCAUCCAGUUCACCUGCUUUCGCUCGAGACCAAGGGGCAACUAUAGGAAGUAAAACAUGUAAAGGAAAAAGUCCAAAUAAACAAUCAACAGCUUUUUCAAAGAACUUGUCACUCCAUUCUCUCAUAACAUCAUCAAUUGCCCUUCCUAAGCUACCGUUAGUUAGCACUACUAGUCGAGCCGAUCCCUCACAUACCAAGACGUAUCAGCAGGUCUUUGCUACUCAAAUGUUGUCUUCUUCAGAGCUUAAUCAGUUACAUCUUCCAUCACCCGCAAGACAAGGAUGUUCAUUAAAAACCCCAACCAUUGCCUUUCCUUUAAAACUUCCUUUAUUGUCCUCUUCUGGAAUCACUGCCACUAUUACCUCAGCAUCUCAGCAACAGGCACUAGUUAAAGGUGAAGAACAUAGGCGGUCAGACAGUCAAACACAGGGUUCACAGUCUUUCCCAACCUGAUUCAUUUUUUCACCUACUAGUUAGUGAAAUCCUGGUAUGGUGAAGAUGGAGAAGCAUGGAGUUUGAUCAAAACUUGCCAGUUGUGUGGAGAUGGUGAAGGUGCCUGAACCACAUCAAAAUCUGUGACAAGUGAGCUCAAGAGAAAAAUCUUAACAGAAUGCUUGUUAAUUUCAGUGGCCCUCCAUAUCUACUCUGUUGAGAAGCUGGAACCUGUGUUAAGUCUGUGAUUCUUAUGAACCUGUUUUAUACGUAUAGAGUGGUUGUGAACAACCUUGCACUUUCUCCAUUUUUUUCUCUUUAAAUCAUACAUAUUGGCCUCUCUUAUGUAAAUCAAACUAAAAAUGUCAUCAAUUAUUUGUAGUACAUCAGUUUAAAGUGUUUUCACAAACAUUAGUAGAAUGUUUUCAUGACUUCUUUAUAUCUUGCACACAACUCCCAGUUGCCAGUUUCAUUAGUAUGAAAUUUGGAAGUGUAAUUUGUUUGCAUAUCAAAUAAUGUUAUUUGAAGCUAUAUUAAAAGAGCCACAUACAGAUAUAACAAAAGAGUUUUUGUCUUGGUGUCUGAAGAUUUUACUGAAAGAAUUUUGUUUUUACAAAGGGAUUGAUAAUCAGAAAGUUAUCUGUUGAAACACAUAUAUUGAUACAAUAGUCCACAUAACCUGAUUCGGUAAAUUGUUACUUAAAAUAUCAUUUAGAAAUCAAUGUUAAUCGCUCUUGUUUUCUUUCAUUCAAAAGCUUCCUGUUAAUUCUUGUUUGGCAUGUUAUCCAUUUAAAGGGCAAACUUCAAAUUUUUGUCUUUGCACAAAUAAUAUAAUAACAGCUUUGAGGUACAGUCUGAAGUAAUUAAAAAACUGCAGCUUGGAAGGUUUUGAAAUAUUCUCUCAUUACUCAAUUUUUCUUGUGUAAAAAUUUGCUUUCUUGGUGAACUUUCUUGUAGAUUUAAUAGACAGUGAUCGGUAGAAGUUCUUAUCAACUACAAAUUCUUAAUAAACAGGCAUUCAGUAGCAAAACUAAUAAUAAUGAUAGAAAAAGGUCAUCUCUGUUUAUAUAUAUAUAUAUCAAAGUAAUAUAAAAACUUACUGGUUACUUACUAAACAACCUAAGAGAAGCAGUUAACUUUUUCAAAAUGAAAUAGCUAGUUGAGAGCAUAGCAGGAGUCAUCCUCAAUUAUUACAUUUCAUUCAGUGUUUUUAUUGAGUUCAGCUGUCCCUAUUAAUGUUAUUAACCUGAUGAAAAAUUUCCCAAGAAAAAAAAGAGGGCAGUUCUGAACUUUAUGUAAAUGAGCAUGUUAGGCUAACACAUCUGUUGUGGUAUUUUUUUUCAUUGGCCUUUUGAAUUAGUGGUUGUGAACAAAGAACAUCUGCAUAAAUGUCGGAAAAAUUUCAGAUAACUGAACACAAAGCUAAAGGACUUGUGUCAAAAGUACCUUAGAGUCAGAUAUUACAUGCGUUAAUAUUUUUGCAAAGAAUUAUGUAUUUCUUGUCCCUGUGUAAGAGAAAAUUGUUUACUUUGGUAGUUCUUUUCAUCACAUUUAACUGGACAAAUAUUCAAAAAUAAUGACACAGAUAUAAGCACUUUUUAAAAAAUCUAUAUGAUUUUUCACCAAAUGUUUUUUUUACAAAUUUGUUGCUAGUAUUGGUAUUACAACUGUUGGAACAUAUCAAAAGUAUUAUAUCAGAAACUAGGUGUACGUUUUUCCUAUGUUUAUAAAAAAAAAAUUCUAAAAGCAAUAACCCUUAUUAUUUUGGAAACUUGUACUUUUCAUUUUUAUCUAUUAUUGUUUGAUUCAUCUUUCCUACUGUUGUAUUAAGAAGUAUCUCAAAAACUGGUCCCAUGAAAUAGAAACUGAGAAAAUUCAGUUGCUUUAAAACAUAAUUUACCAUCAUGUUCCAUGGAAGUCUAGUUUUAUUAUUAGCUGGUGUGGUGCAAGGCCUAAAUUAAAUAAAAAUAUUCUGUAUUGAAAAUACAGCUUAUAUUGACACUUUGAACAGCAAUAUAUCUAAUUUUGCAUACUUCUUUGUACAUGUUUAAUUUGAAAAGUCAAAAACCUGCAGAAAAAGGUUACGUUUUUGUAAAAUCUUCGUUAACUAGUUUUGUCAAAAGUGAAAAUACUCAGAUUACAUGGGAGAUUACUUUUACUUUUGGAAAGAUUCAUUCAUAAAAAUUUUUAAACAAUGAAUGCAUAUAGUAAAUAAGAUUGUAUUUUGGUUUUCUUAACUUAAAUAACCUUAUCUUCAGUAAUUUUUUAUGAAUUGUUCUGGCUGCUGAAAAUCUGUAGUUUGACUUUUCUGCAUAUUUUGUGAUGUCAUCUGUGUACCAGAACAAUAUUCUCUAGGAACUUUGUCACUAAGUUUGAUACAAAUCUAGCUACGAAUUGUUUAUUUGGAAGACUAGAUAACAUGCUAUUUUUGUUCUCAUAAAUAUGUUAAGGAACACCUUCGUCAUAAUUACGAUCCUUUUUUUCAUUUCAAUACUUUUUCAUAAAGUAAAUCUUUCUGCAUGGUAAUUCAUGAAGUGACAAGACAUGCUUCUGAUGAAAGGGAUUAGCAGGAACUGAAGUUUGUCACUGUAUCUGUAAACGUUUUGGUUUAUGUACUUCCAUUAGCACUUCCUUCUGGUGUGACAGUCAAAAAAAAAAAAAUCUUUAGUUCAAAAACUAUUAUGCAGAUGAAGGUAGAAAUAAUGAAAUGUAAGUUAUAUCAGAUUGACCUUUCUCCCUCUACAAACAAGAGAAAAGAACAAAUGAUUAGUGCUAGUACUAUUGAAAAUUUCAAAUUUGAAGUAGGUUUUCUGUUUUCAAUAAAUUUUAUCUUAUACAUCUUUAAGAACAAAUUAACUUAUUUUUGAAUUUAUAAAAAGUUGUAGCGUGUAUUGAAUAUUUAAAUCCAGCAAAUUCAGAUAAAAUUGAAAAUUGUUGGAAUGACCUUAGAAUUAACAGGUGGAACAAAAUUUAUUAUAUACCACUGGAAGUAUGUCAACAAAGUGAGUAAUUUAUUCAAUUGAAUAGUCUGCUACUGGGUAAUUAGUUACCAGAAUCCAGAAUUUUAUGUAUCCUAUUAUUUAUUUUACACAACCAUUAAGUUUACUUGGGUCAUGUAUGAAACUAUUUCAAUAAACCAGAAUAUGGAACUUCAACACUUAAGUAGAAAAUAUUCCUGUUUUGAGACACAAGGAGUCCGCAGAAUCCAUAAAGGAAUGAAUUGAAUUAUGCACAGCUAUUAUUUGUUCUUUGGGUGAGAAGCAUAUUGUGGGAGUUUAACUUUUUCAUUAAUGUUGAAAUUUUGAACCAUGUUUUGCUCCACAAGGAGGGUGGGUAAUCAUUAAAACAAGCGAGUCAUUUUCAAACUUGUAAAUAUUUUUUGGUUUGUGAAUUACGUAUUCUUUGUGUGCCUGUGUGUGUGAAUCUUGAGGUAAUUUAAUACACAAAGAAAAAUAGUUCUAAAUACAAUUUUUUGUAAAUUCCAUGUAUAUAUAAUAAAGCCUAUUUAUCUAUGUUGGUGUAAA